AUGGGCAACGAUACGUUGAGCCUCCUGUUGCUGAGGCUGUUCUUGGUUCUUUCGGCAUUGGUUGCGUUGGCUGCUGCACAAUCAGGGACGGAUUGUAAUCCCAUCAAGACCUCUGGCUGCCCUCAGGACAUAGGUCUUACCAACAAUCCAUAUAGCAUCGAUUUCACCAAAGGAACAAUGGACCAGGCUUCUUGGACGUCCGUAGGCGCCGGCUCCGUUAUCUACACCUCCCAAGGUGCCGUCCUCGCUCUUUCCAAGAAGGGAGACGCACCCACCAUCUCCACAAACUGGUAUAUCUUCUUUGGCCGCGUCGAGGUGCUCAUGCGUGCAGCUCCGGGGACGGGUAUCGUCAGCAGCGUGGUGCUUGGGAGCGAUGACGGAGACGAGAUUGACUGGGAAUUGAUCGGCGGCAACAACGACGAAGUGCAGACCAACUAUUUUGGCAAGGGGAACGUGACCUUGUAUAACCGCGGCGGGAAUUCAGCAGUGCACGAUGUGCAAGGAACGAGACACAACUAUACGAUCGACUGGCAAAUUGGUCAAUUGACGUGGUACGUGGAUGGAAAGGCGGUUCGCACGCUCAAGGAAGAGGAUGCGGUCGGAGGGCUGAACUAUCCGCAGACGCCCAUGAAGCUGAGAAUCGGCUCGUGGGCUGGAGGUGACCCGGAUAAUGCGCCGGGGACAAUUGCAUGGGCGGGGGGUGUGACGGACUAUACCAAGGGGCCGUUCACGAUGUAUGUUGAGAGGGUGUCGGUGACGAAUCAGUAUCCGGCGGCGAGCUAUUCGUAUGGCGACAUGUCGGGAAACUGGGAUAGUAUUGUUCUGAAGAAGGAUGGCGCUGCUGAUGGAAAUCAGAGCAAAGAGGACAUCGUCAAGGAAGAUGGGUCGACUGGAGUUGCCUCUGCCACCAACUCGUCGUUGUCGUCGUCGUCGCCGUCAUCAAGCCAGAGCAGCCCUACCCUAUACUACCUAUCUUUCCCCCUCGCCAAAGCACUCGACCUUCACUUCCAUCCCCGCCGCCCACCAUCCUUUCCUCCUCCUCUUACGUCCACCCACCCGCCUUCCUCUUCUCAAGCAACCACAAGUGCACGCGCAACGUCAGAAGGCCACCUCAGUAUCACGAGCUCGCCUGUACAAGGCGCAUCACGGGACGUAACGAGGUGA